AUGGCACCAAUACGGCGCUAUCUCAGGAUAACGAAAUAUUCGGUCCUCGAGGUGCGCAUCUACCUUUCGAAACCUUCCGACAUCGCGUGGCUCCUCUCUUCACGCGAUCCGGUACUUCCUCGCAUCAUCCAAGAAGUCCGGCCAAAGGUGCUGCCCAAGCUGCGCGAGGAAAACGAGAACGCCAAAAAGAAAGGGAGCAAGAAGAAGAAAAGAGGCAUCAAGGAUGUAGCUAGUCAGGAUGACUUUGAAGUGUCCAUUUUCCUCAAGGAGACUUCCACGCGCCACUCCUUGCUCACCAAGCAAAAGAUUGCAGGCGAUAAACCACGGUUGAAAUCUACUGGAAACAAGCUCACCAGCUGGAUGAACACUAAAGACGAUCCGAUCACUAUAGAGGCCGAUGCGCCGGCACAUAGGAUCUUGCAAGAGGAGGACAAUGAAGAAGAUCUUGUCGAGCUUGCGAGCAUUCCUCCACCCGUGACGGGCAACAAGCGAAAGACCCCAGACCCAGAGGAGGAUGAUGCGCUGUUCGUGAGCUCCAGCGACGAGGAGACUUUUGCGACACAGAGGGCGGCACCGAGGAAGCGUAGAAGAGUUGAUGAUGCUCAGGCGACUGAUGACGAGGGACCUGAGGCAGGUGGCGACGACGACAAGAAGAAGCUCGCAUUAAACACUUCAUAUGAUGGCUUCAGCAUCUACGGGCGAAUACUCUGCUUGAUUGUCACACGCAAGGGACAAAAGAAGGAUUCGGGCGCAAAGGGCUCUGUGGCAGACACAUCGGCUCUUGGUGGCAGCCAAAUGAUGGAACAAUGGGUCAGUACACAAGCCGCACAGGAGAACGCUCUUCUCGAGGAUGAUGAAGGCUGA